ACAGGCGGGUGGAGGGAGAGAGGCAGCUGGGUGAAAUCUGCAUAUCGAUUGCUGAGACGCACACAUCAACACACGCACGAAAACAAUCGCGCGCACCCGCGUACUCAUCCCUCGUAAAGGGGCGUGUGGAGCUGGCAGGGACUCAAACCUUUCGCAUUUGCAUCAGUGGAGGAGCCGAGAGCGGUGGCGCACGGAGAAACGGACGAGUAAAAACUUAUAUUAGAUCAAAAAAGGACUUUUAUUUUCAGUCUACUCUGAUCUUUCUCUCCUUGAGACAUUUUGGGACUGUCGGUUCUCCCUCGGAUUUCAGUUGUGAAUGAGAGCCAAACACGCAGAGAGAAGCGGAGAGAUCAGCGGUGAAGAGGCUCAUCUGUACGCGGAGAGGAGAGAGCGUCUCCGGGCAUCGGCUGUGCGUCUUUGCGCGGACUGGACUGGACUGCGCUGUGGUUCUUCCUCUGCUUAUAGAGGAGGGGUUUUGGGGGGUUACCAAGUUGACUUGCUUUUGUGGAGCUCUGGAGAAGAUCUGGUGCCGUCUUAACAGAAUCGGAGGAAGCCUGUCGGAUCGUACACUGUGCUCCACGCAUGUUGGAAGUGGAGAGAGCAGGGCUGGAUGCCUGCGGGUUUGCGAGUCUCCUAGACGCAGCCAAGGAUUACAUCCUGCCCAGGCAUCAACUGAAGGAGUAAAGGACGCAAAGUGAGUGCGGAGUGGGUCAUUUCUUCAUAUAUCUUGCGCCUUGGCUUCUUUUGAGAGGAUAUGGCACGGUCGGCGCUGGAGAGAGGAGAGCAGCCGGCACAGGCGAGAGGAAACAGGAGCUGAAUGACAGGAUGCCAGCGACCUGAGCCCGCUCUCAGAUCACUUCCACCUUCGUCAAAAGAGACACUUCUGCUUUAUUUGUUGAGUUCAGAAGAGGGAAGAAGAAUACUUGCCAAAAAGCUUUUGGAGGAGUUAUAUUUUUGGAGGAGUUUUUCUUUUUUGUAUGCGUAAUUUUAUUUUUUUGUCGAUAAAACAAGGAUGCAUUGUGGAUUAGUCUUUAUCCUGUUCAUGGGAAUCCUCUUGGUGGUCAAGGCUUUCAAAAACGAACUCUUGUCACUCCCCUCUGCAGAUAAAUGUGGAGGCAACAUCAGAAUCUCAACCGCCAACUACCUCACUUCGCCCGGAUACCCCAUGUCUUACCCCCCUUCUCAGAGAUGUGUGUGGGUGAUCUCGGCGCCUGGUCCUCACCAGCGGAUCCUCAUCAACUUCAAUCCGCAUUUUGAUCUGGAGGACCGUGAGUGCAAGUACGACUACGUGGAGGUGAGAGAUGGUGUGGAUGAGAGCGGUCAGCUGGUGGGGAAGUACUGUGGGAAGAUCGCCCCCUCUCCGGUCGUCUCCUCCGGAAACCAGCUCUUCAUCAAGUUCGUGUCUGACUAUGAGACCCACGGAGCAGGUUUCUCCAUCCGAUAUGAGAUCUUCAAGACAGGACCCGAGUGCUCCAGGAACUUCACCUCAAACAGCGGUGUCAUAAAGUCACCCGGGUUCCCAGAGAAAUAUCCAAACAACCUGGACUGCACUUUCAUGAUCUUUGCCCCGAAGAUGUCUGAAAUCAUUUUGGAGUUUGAGAGUUUUGAACUGGAGCCUGACACGACGCCUCCCACUGGUGUGUUCUGUCGCUAUGACCGGCUGGAGAUCUGGGACGGCUUCCCUGGAGUGGGCCCAUAUAUCGGGAGGUACUGUGGACAGAACACCCCAGGCCGAAUCAUCUCCUACACGGGCAUCCUGGCACUGACAAUCAACACGGACAGCGCCAUCGCAAAAGAAGGCUUUUCUGCCAACUUCACUGUCAUCGAAAGGACUGUUCCAGAGGACUUUGACUGUAGCGACCCUUUGGGAAUGGAAUCAGGAGAGAUAACAUCAGACCAAAUCAUGGCUUCAUCCCAGUACAACCCCAGCUGGUCCCCAGAGCGCUCCAGACUCAACUACUAUGAAAAUGCAUGGACGCCGGCAGAGGACUCAAACAAGGAGUGGAUACAGGUGGACCUUGGGUUCUUGCGGUUUGUCUCAGCCAUUGGUACCCAGGGUGCCAUUUCCCAGGAGACCCGGAGGGUUUACUUUGUCAAGUCCUACAAGGUGGAUGUCAGCUCAAAUGGAGAAGACUGGAUCACUUUGAAAGAAGGCUCCAAACAGAAGGUUUUCCAAGGCAACACCAACCCAACAGACGUUGCUAAGACGAUGCUGCCUAAGCCCACGCUGACGCGCUUCGUCCGGAUCCGUCCCGUUACCUGGGAAACAGGCAUCGCACUGCGCUUCGAGGUGUAUGGCUGUAAGAUAUCAGAGUACCCAUGCUCGGGCAUGCUGGGUAUGGUAUCAGGCUUGAUCACUGACAACCAGAUCACUGCGUCCUCCCAUACGGACAGGAGCUGGGUACCAGAGAAUGCUCGUCUGCUGACCAGCAGGACAGGCUGGACCCUGCUGCCCCAGCCACAGCCCUUCACUAAUGAAUGGCUGCAGGUGGAUUUAGGUGAGGAGAAGCUGCUGAAGGGGUUGAUCAUCCAGGGAGGGAAGCACCGUGAGAACAAGGUCUUCAUGAAGAAAUUUCGCCUCGGCUAUAGCAACAACGGCUCUGACUGGAGGAUGGUGUUAGACACGAAUGGGAACAAGCCAAAGAUAUUUGAAGGUAACAGCAAUUACGACACUCCUGAACUGAGGACAGUGGAGCCCCUGCUGACCCGUUUCAUCAGAAUUUACCCAGAGAGGGCCACUCCUGCUGGGAUGGGCCUGCGACUUGAACUCCUGGGCUGCGAGAUUGAAGCUCCUACACUCCCGCCCACCACAGUAGUCCCGAGCACUACCCCGUCAGACGAGUGUGACGACGACCAGGCGAGCUGCCACAGCGGCACAGGUGAUGACUACGACGUGACAGGUGGUACUGUGAUGCCGGAGACCACUACUGCUGAAGUGGAUACCAUCCCAGUUGCAGCUUUCCUGUGGUUUGCCUGUGACUUUGGCUGGGCCAAUGAUCCCUCCUUCUGCAGCUGGACAUCAGAGGACACUGGCUCUAGGUGGCAGAUCCAGUCCAGUGGCACCCCUACUCUCAAUACCGGACCCAACAUGGACCACACAGGUGGAUCAGGGAAUUUCAUCUACACCUUAGCGACGGGUCCACAAGAGACUGAGGUGGCUCGGCUCGUCAGUCCUGUAGUCAGCUCCCCAGACUCUGACCUGUGCGUGUCCUUUUGGUACCACAUGUUCGGGUCGCACAUUGGCACACUACAUAUCAAACAGCGCAAACAGACGGUGGACGGCCCUGCAGACAUCCUGCUGUGGACCGUCAGUGGUCACCAAGGCAACCGCUGGAGGGAAGGUCGUGUCCUUGUUCCACGCACCAACAAACCUUAUCAGGUGGUGAUCGAAGGUAUGGUGGAAAGAAAGAGCUGGGGAGACAUUGCUGUGGAUGACAUUAAGGUUCUAAAUGGACUCAGCAUGCCAGACUGUAAAGAUCCUGACGUGCCCACCGAGCCGAUGCUACCGGAGGAUAGCUUCAAUGAAAUCCUUGAGGAAAUCACAGAAUAUCCAGACUUUGUAGAAACCAACCAGAUCAGUGGAGCGGGCAACAUGCUGAAGACGCUCGACCCCAUCCUCAUCACUAUCAUUGCCAUGUCCGCCCUGGGCGUCUUCCUGGGUGCUAUCUGCGGUGUGGUCUUGUACUGCGCCUGCUCACACGGAGGCAUGUCGGACAGGAACUUAUCAGCUCUGGAGAACUAUAACUUUGAGUUAGUGGACGGUGUCAAACUAAAGAAAGACAAACUCAAUGUACAGAGCUCAUACUCAGAGGCGUGAGCUGGGACAGAGUGCAUUCAUGUGACUGUAUGACGGGCAGAGCUCGCACAAGACUGUCUCUAGACAUAACCUCUCGUCUAUCUGCGGGUAGACGGGCUCAAAAGGACUGCCAACACCCUCAACUCACUGGAUGAGGGCCAGGUUCAGGAACCAAUGGGAGGUUUGGACUGAUCCAUGCUUUUCUCAGGAGCUGCAGUAUAAAGAACCCACCAGUAGGGGACACUGUGUACAAAUAAAAUACAGAAAAAAAAAUAUGUACAGAUGAUUUAGAUGCUAUUUUAAUUUUCUAUUUGAUUUUCAUUCAUUUUUACAAUCGGAUGCUGGUGUUGAGACCAAUUUAUUAAUAAUGUUUAAAGUAUUUAUCGUUUUCUGGGAAAGAAAUGUUUUUUUUAUUAUCAGUUCAUGAAAGCUGUUGUUUCUUUUCGAGUUUUUGAAAGAGACGUAUCAAAAUCCUAAAUGAACCAUAUCCGGUAAAGCUGUAGAGGUGCCCCAUAGCGAGGCUUACAGAUGUGCCCAUAACCCAUCACCCUGAAACAUGUCCCCUUUUCCCCUUUGAGCCCUUUCCCUCUAAAGAGAAGGUCCCAUUCAUGGCAAUGUAUGGUUCUGACAGUGCCUUUAGUACAUUUUGGUUGGACUCCUCUGUUACAUGGGUGUUUUUUACUGUACUUGGCUUAAGUUAUGAAGACAGGAAACAGGGGCACAUUACCUUCUAAAUACCUGCAAAACAGGAGAAACGUUUAUCACUGCGCUUUGUUUUGUUUUUGUUUUUUGUUUGUUUUCUGUCCAAAAACCACACACUGUAAAUAAGUUUUAAUAUAUUUUAUUGCCCUUUUUAAAGAAAGUAAAAAGGAAAAAAGCUGCAGUAUCCCUUUUUUCAUGGGUUUGUGUGUGUGUAAAUACAAUCUUCUGACUGUUUCGUGGAAGGUGCAGUGUUCAUUUUAGAUUACGUUGCUCAGGCAAGCAAGGUUUGUGUGAUGUUAAAGCGAUUUUCAAUGUGCAUUCAAGCCAUCUGUCAUCGAAACACCCGCUUCAUGAAAAACCACCGAAGGACAAAUGACUCAAAUGGUAACACACAAAAAGAAACUGAAAUGUGGAACUCUUCGAGCUCUUUUCUACUGAUCUCUCAUAACUUCACCACAUUUCUGCUGUUAGUUUGACUGGUCACUAUAAUAUUUUCAGAUUUAUUCAAACAUGCCGAUGGCAGAGAAGGUGGUAAAAUAUAUUAGAUAUGUACCAGCAUACCAAAAACAUGACAGCAGUUAUCAUUGCUUUGCUUUAGUCCUAGCUCAUCACCUCCAAACGUCACUGUGGAUUGAUCACUGAAGAAGUGCUAUCUGGACAAUGCAGCUUGAAUGCACUUUGUUUCUGAUUCCCUCAUGAAUAAACUCUGUUUAAAAGAGGGUUUAACACACUAACUGAAGAAUGGUGCUAUCCGUAAUUUAGCCAGACACAUGUCUCUCAUGAAAAGUUUGUAUUGUCCACAUGCUGUAGUGUAGCUUCAGGCCUUUUGGGCCGCAAAGAGUUUUACGUGUUUCACGUGUAGCAGCCAUAAUGUUGUGAUGUCAGAGUUGAUGUCAGUCGGAUGGGACACUGGUACAGCGUGGGGAUCGAGUGGCAUCACCUGAAUCAGGUCAUCUGGCCUCCCUUCGUGGCUUUACCAAAGGAUGGUCACCCCUCUCUUGUUCACGGGGGUUCUCACCAACACAAUGCAUACUAACAAACCACAGUUCAUCGAUGGUCUCCACUCACAAAAGAACUGACUACUUGCUUUGCCCUGUCAGAGAACCCCAAGAGAAAAUCAAGAGGGGGAACGGCAGGACACUCGCAGAGACGAGCAAUGUGUGUCUGUUUUUCUAUCUCUUUUUAAGCUUAAAAGAAGUGCAAAUGUCACCAUGACGUGAACUCAUCGAAUCUCUAUUAAGACUCUUGUUUGCAGAUGGAUGGAUGGGACAAUCUCACCAUUACAAAGGGGAAGAAUUCUGAGCGAACUAAGUGUCGGAUUGACAUUAUCAGGACACAAGGGCCAAUGGGUCCUGGAACUCUGUGGUUUUUGUACACCACAAUCAAUCAAAACUUAUUCCUGGGAAGGGUGACGUCUUUUUACAUCCGUGUGCUUUGUAUGUCGUGCCGUGGUGAACACAUUCUCAGCUUGUUCAUUUGAUUCGACGGCCCACUCUCCUCAGCCUAGACACCGUCCCGUCCUCGCUUUCAGCUAUAGAGAGCUGUAGCUGCAGCAGCUAGAGAAAAAGGAUACUGUAGCGUGGACUCAAAAGAAACAAUGUUGCACUGACAAAUAUAUUUAAGAGGUUUAUGUGUUUAUAGCGUUCAUUUGCAAAAAAAACCAGAAGAAAGUCAAAAACACAAAAAACACGUGUUCAUUUUCUUUCAUCUUUUUUAUAUAUAUAUAUAGUUUCAGAUUAUGUGAUAUAAUUCUGAAAUGUAAAAAUAUUGAGAUGUUUUCAUUAUUGAAAAAGGCAUAAUAGAGUUUUCAACAGUAAUGUCCCUCCCCCUACAUUUACAUGGCAUACUAACGCUUCGUUUUGUACUGUCAUUCAAAUUUUGUGCAGAUUCCUUUUCUUCUUCUUCUUUUUUUUUUUUUACAAGAACAAGAAAAUAAGACUUUUAUUUUCAAUACUGCUUCUGUAAUUUGCUGUUGUAGGAAAAAAAAAUGAAUAAACAGCAAAGGCCUUAAAAAGAAAAGGGAAUAUCUGUGUUGUGAUCCAGAAUUUGAAAGGUUCUUUGUUUUCUUGUUUCAGUCGAGAUCUACGUCACAGCCCUGCUGUAAAGGGUCAACCAGCAGCCUCACAAGCAGCUUUUUGAAACAGCAUCUGUUUUUUGCAUCAAAGUUAAUGUGAAAGCACCAUUACAGCAAGACAGUGAUGUAAACAAGAACAUUUUGUCUCUGUCUCAUAGCCAUCGCUUUCCAAAGAUACAAUAAAAAGGUGUCUUUAUAUGAA